AGGUCUUCUGUGUUCGAGCUUCCCGCAGACGUAACGACAUUCUGAGCCGGGCUGAAAUCGGCAAAAUGCUUGGUGAGGGAGGAUACGGCUCUGUUUAUGAGGGGAAACGCUUAGAGGAUGGUCUUGAGGUAUUGUCAUUUUCUAACAAAUGAUAUUUCUUCCAGCCUGGUCAGCCUGUUAUCUCUUUUUCAUAGGCAAAUCAAGUUAGAGAACCUGUUGAUCAACACAGACUGAUUGACUUCGGGUGCGAGGGUUUCCUGCAAGAAUCUGCUUAUGAAAGAUUUUGUGGCACUGAUGAGUAUUGCCCACCUGAUGUUUACACAGAGGUUAACCUAAACCAGCUACUGUGUGGUCUCUUGGAGUCUGAGCCUGGCUGGUCACAUGAUCUCAGUCCAGCCCUGUGCCUAGAGGCUUGUGUGGGAUCAUGAUGCUCAGCAGCUCAGUGGAUGUACCCAGUCCAGGAGGGAUGAGCGCGGUGGCGGCCCGGAACGUGAUCCGCAGUUCCAGCAUCAGCGGGGCCAUGUACAGUGUGGAGAAAAGCCCCAGCAGCACGGGGCCCGAUGCCACAGGCCUGGUCGGAAACAAGAAGCGUCGCUCCAGCCUGGGAGCCAAGAUGGUGGCAAUCGUGGGUCUGUCACAGUGGAGCAAGAGCACGCUGCAGCUUAACCAGCAAGAUGGUGGAACAAAGAAGCUUCGCAGUACCAUCCGGCGGAGCACGGAGACGGGUAUCGCUGUGGAGAUGAGGAACCGUGUCACACGGCAGGGCAGUAAGGAUUCAACAGACGGCAGCACCAACAGCAACAGCUCUGAUGGAACGUUCAUCUUCCCCACCACUCGCCUGGGCCCUGAGAGCCAAUUCAGUGACUUCCUGGAUGGCCUUGGUCCCGCACAGAUAGUGGGACGUCAGACAUUAGCCACACCACCAAUGGGUGAUGUUUACAUUGGUGUGAUGGAUAGAGGGGGUCAGUUAGAGGUUGAGAUCACGCAGGCCCGAGGUCUGACCCCUAAACCAGGCUCAAAGACCAUUUCAGCAACAUAUAUAAAGGUUUAUGUUCUGGAGAAUGGAAUGUGUCUCGCUAAGAAGAAAACCAAAGUGGUGAAGAAAACCCUGGAUCCAACCUUCCAGCAAUCCCUGAUGUUUGACGAGAGCCCGCAGGGGAAAGUGCUACAGGUGAUCGUGUGGGGAGAUUACGGCCGCAUGGACAGCAAGUGUUUCAUGGGAAUGGCUCAGAUCCUCCUGGAUGAUCUCGAUCUCUCAUCAAUGGUGGGCGGCUGGUACAAGCUCUUCCCCACCUCCUCUCUGGCGGACCCCAGCAUCGGCCCUCUGACACGCCGACUCUCCCAGUCCUCGCUCGAGAGCGCCACCAGCCCCUCGUGCACCUAGACACAUCCACGUCCCCGUCUUAACAUGCAUCGCUACGUGCGUAUCUUCGUUCAAUACACCCCGCCACCGACCCCAAAAGCAUGAACACACACUCUGAUAGAUAUCGCCAACUCGCCCGGGGCUGAUUUUAGACACAAAUUUUAGGAGUUGGAUACAAACACAUACACGGAUGGAUAUGGAUGUAACCGGCGAGAUUGUAGCGGCGUCCGGAAUCAGUCAUGGCUAGUUACAUGCAGAUCCAUUGUUCACCAGUCAAUUAAUUGGGGCAUUUAAUAAAUCUGCUGAGAAAUGUUCCUGACAAUGUAGCAUUUGUGUCGACGUCAUGUCACACGGGGAGCAGAAUGGGUUCUAGCCGUUGCAGACCCUCAAGGGUCAAUCAUUUCUCUAUGCCAAACCCGAAGUUUUAUUUUUUAAAAACCAAAGCAAUUCUUAUUAUCUGUAGUGUUAUAUUAUAGAGUAUGGAUAUGUAGCAGAGUCAAUGACUUAGAUGAGAUGCAAAAAAGUGUUAGAAAAACUCACUAGACUACAUACACAAUUAAACUUUUAAAGGGCAGGGCUUUACUCCACAGGUCAGGUUAUUGUUCAUGUCGCAUAAAGUAGCGUAUUUUUAUUUUUUUUCCUCUUUUUUUGCGGAGAGCUCAAUAAAUAAAUAUAUAGAUCGAUAUUUGUGUUCAUGUAUUAAUCGACUGCAUUCUGCACGUUAACUCGCAAAAUAUGUAAAGUGCUAUUUAAGCUUGCCUUUAAAAUUAUGUAGACUUAUAGAUGGUAGGUUAUUUAUUUUGCUAAUGUUUCAAUCUCACUUUUUUUGUCUGAACAACGCAAUCUGCACCGAGCUGCAGAGGCAAUCGAACCCUUUGAAGGAGAACCAACUGUCCUGUUAAACCAGCAACCCUCAUUCACAGCUGCUGCAUUGUGGGAUAUGCCGAACAUUGUCUGCUGGCAAGCAAGAAAACGUUUCAAGAUUUUUGGAAAGUUGGACUUCACCGCGUUAUACUUCACCGCCUCAAGUAGUUUUGGGUUUCGUUCUACCAGCAUAAUUAUGGAUCUGAACUGUUAAAGGUCUUUUCCGUUUCCUGUUACACUCAGGAGG